GGUCGUGCUGCUGGUCGGAACCGGGGCAACACACCGGGGCGCCAAAAGGGCGAGAGAGCAACCGAGAGGAGAGUGGUAGUGGUGGUAGUCGCCUUUCGUUGUCUGGCUCUCCCGCACACGACGACUACGUGGCAUCUCUCUCUCUCCUUCCCGUAGCGUCGUUGUAACCAUGGCUGCCACGACUGUUGCCUCCAGGGUCAUAGCCCCUGUGUCCACGUCCGCGGCGCGGUCGUCCGUGUCCCGGUCGCAGUUCCUGGCAGGGCGGUCGCUCCGCUUCGCCAUCGCCCCCGCUGAGUUUAGCUCUCGAGGAAGUUUGGUCAUCCGGGCGACGUCGGACAAGCCAGCCAAGGUUGACCGCUCCGGCGACACCCUCUGGUUCGCCAGCUCUCAAUCUCUGUCCUACCUCGACGGCACGUAAAGAGAGAGAGAGAGAGAGAGAGAGAGAGAGAGAGAGAGAGAGAGAGAGAGAGAGAGGGAAGGAGAGAGACAUAGAGACCACCAAGGGAGCCAGGAAUUGAUGGCAGCGGGGGGCUUCUGCGUAUCCUCCUGUUGACAAGCCUAGCGAUUGGCGCCGAUGAUGAUGAUGAUGAUGAUGAUGAUGAUGAUGAUGAUGAUGAUGAUGAUGAGUGCUUGGCGAUGGAUGGUUUUCGACCAUCACGGGUCAAGAUCAUAAAGCGGUUACCAAAGAAAGAGUGAUUCUUUACGUCGGUGGACUGCGAAGGGGGGGGAAUUGGAGGGAUGGCCCUAAGUUCCCCUAACGUCGAACUUGAAGGGGAGGGGAUUAAUGAAGGCCAGUUUUGCUGGAUGGUCGCUCCAGAGACAAUGCACAGCAGCAAGGUCUAUGUCCAGUCUCCAAGGGCGUAAACUAAGAGAGAAAGAGGGACUGGGACUGGGCAACAGAGAAAGAGUAGUGCGGAUCUCAUCAUCCUAAGGGUAUUUCGACACGUAUGGUAGCCUAGUGUGGCUCUCUUUGGCACCUGCUGGUGAUCAACGUAAUUGGUUUCAAUAGUACUCUAUUCCUUCGCCUGUCCUUUUCUUUCCAUUCCUUUUUUAUUCGUUUCUUUCUCAUUCUUUGUUUCUCCGUUGUUCCUUACUUCUUCGGUGCUUCUCCAUCUUGGAGAUGGAAUUGCCAUUCGGUUUCUUGGAAGACAGACGGUGCUCCAGUUGUUUCUUCUCUUUCUUGCUCUUGUGUAUACAGCUCUCUAUUUCUUGUUAGAGAACCACAUAACAUAACAGACAUAACGUUCAUCAGCUAUGUGCAACUCUCUCUGUGAGUACUUAGCGCGAAUGACAACAUCCAUUCUAUGUAAACUCGGACUCACAGCCUCUUCCCCUUUCCCUCCCUCCCUCCUUACACCCUUCUCUCUCUCUCUCUCUCCCUCUCUCUCUCUCUCUCUCUCUCUCUCUCUCUCUCUCUCUCUCUCUCUCUCUCUCGCGUUCUUUCUCGUGUCAGUGGUUAGCGCAACAACAAUAAUGGAUGUGGCAAUGGUUGUGACUCGUGAGUGAAAUCUUCUUAUCCUGACCAUCUCUAUUCUAUCGGAAUCUAUCCGCGCAGAUCCAUCUUUCAAAAAUUUGAAUCGAUCCUCUCUUGUCUAAAUGACUCGCAAGA